AUGGCAAGCGACGCAGAUAAAUUACCUUCAGAUAAAAUAUAUGAGGAAUUUGAUAGGAGGACAUGUUCUAAUGGGGGUGCAGUGGAGGAAGCACAAGUGUGUGAUGGAGAAUUAAAGAAGACUGUGUCUGGCGUACUGGGGAUACUGAACAUUCGGGAUGAUACAUUCACAAAUAAGAUUGUGGGGAAUUGCAUGCAUGUAUGUACAAAGAUUUCAGAUGUAGAAUCAUACUAUGACCCCUGUAAGUUUUUGUACUUUUGGAUUGGUACUCAACUUUGGCAGAGGAGCGAAGUGAAGGGUAAUACUGCCAAUUUCCAAACUAUUAUGAAUACUAUUUUUAGCCGCACGGAUAAUAGACAAUUCUGGACUAAGUGCAAUAGUAGUUUCUCCAAUUUAUAUGAUGGUAUUAGCAAAGAACGUUUCCAGGAAGCUAAAGAACUGUACGACUAUUACUACGACUAUAACGAACUGACGAAUUUAGACAAUGCUGAAUGUACUAAAUAUUGCCAAAAUGGGAGAUGUACCAACGCUUUUAACACAGCUAACUCAACAUACCAGCAGUUAACGUCACGUUGUGAACCCCAUUCGUUUGAUGCUUAUUGUACAGAAUUUAAAAUUAGGUCCGCGAGGAAGGGGGAAAGGGAAUUUGCCCAACCGCAACAAAUACAAUGUAAAGCAAAAAAAGUAGAAGAGGCGCCAUUGGAGGAGGUCACGGACCCACCAGAUUUAAUGAACGACAUGUUGGCACAGUUGCCCUCAAGUUUGUUGUAUGAAGAAUUCGAGAAAAAGGAGCGACUGAAUAAGUGUAAUAGUAGUACAAUACAAAGCUUGAUGCCUCAGCUGCAGCCUGAAAUGAAGGACUAUAAUUGUAAGAACGACUGCAUAGAGAAGGCUCUCUAUGCAUGGUGCUUUAUAAAUAAUGAAACAGAGGCAAAGGAUAAGGCAUGGUAUGAUGAUCGUUUCCAUCUGUUCUAUUCAUGGUUAGGGCAGAAAAUGUUUGGACAUUCAAAUAGUAAGGAUAAAAUUUCUUAUCCUAUGAAUCAAGUUUACAAUGUACUGAAGGGCUUGCACAUUGGUCAGGACUGUAAGGACAUGUGGGAAGACGUGCUCUUGGACAGUGAAACUCCCGGGGAGAAUUUUAGUAAUAGGAAAGCUUUAUAUGAAUAUUUUGUGGAUUAUGGCACCUUGGAAAGUCACUUAGGUAUUAGUGGUAUUGGUACUACUGCUAAAAAGAAAUGUGAAAAAAAAUAUUAUGAACACAUAAACAAAAUUACUAAAGCAUGUAAUGCUAUAAGUGACUACUGUAAGAAAGAAGGAGGUCAUGAGAAUGAUGAAUAUUGUACUUGGUUCAAUGGUAAAAAAGAAAAUUACUGUAACAAGGACAAAAUAGCAAAAUUAACAUGCAAACAAGUCGUUUACAAACCCCCUUCCUCUGGUCCCGGUUCUACGGGAACAUGGAACCCAGGUUCUUCUGGUACUGCCAGUACUGGAGACCAUUCUAUUUCCGGUUCCGAUGGUUCAAGUGGUGGUGUAGGUGGCAUGGUUGGUGGUACAUUGGCAACAGUUGGAUUACCAACAAUUGGUUUCUUUUUAUACAAAUAUACUAACAUAUUUGAUGGAAUAAAAAAAUCCCUCUUUGGUGGCAGUAAUAAUACCGGAGGAAGGAAUAGGGGAAGAAGAUCUACCAUUGGACGUCAACACUUUGAGGACAUACUCACAGAGAAUGAUUCUUCUACACUAGGAGACGACGGUUCCACCACCCUGGGUGGUGGUGGUGGUGGAUCAUCCACCUUAGGUGGUAGCUCCACCGAUGUUUCUACCAUAUAUAAUGAACCACCUCGUCGAACAACCGGAAGAAGGGAAAGGGCAGGAACAAAUAAUAGAAGACCAGGAAAUAUACGUUAUUAUGCCACAUAA